AAAAGCUCGAAGUAAGAGAAGAGUUUUGAGAACUCGAUCGGUUUUGGUUUUCUCGCCGGAGAAUUUUCACUCUCUCUCUCUCUCUCUCUCCCCGAUUCCCUCACACAUGGCGAAGCCUCCCCAGCCGAGGACUCGGACUCGUAGUCGCACAGUACUUGAGCCACUCUCACACUUGGAUGUGUCCAAUUACUCUCGCUCUCCUUUCCGAUCUCUCGCCGUCUUCACCGUCUCCGAUUCUCAGACCCUGAUCUACGCCGGAACUCAAUCCGGCUCUCUCCUUUUGCUUUCGGCGAACCCUAGUAGUUCCAAUUCCCAAACCUCUUCCGAUGAUUCUUCCGGUAAUACCGCUUUGGCUGCCGCUGCUCCACAGAAUCUCUCAUUUUUGCGGAGCGUUUCGGUCGGAGAUUCCUCACUGGAUACCAUACUGGUACUCGGUGAGAUAGGGAAAGUUUUGGUGCUUUCCGGUGGGUUUUUGUUUCUUGUUGAUACGCUUCUGUUUCAGCCGUUGAAGAAACUGAGUUUCUUGAGAGGGGUUUCGGUGAUCACGAGGCGGCUGAGGAGUAGUGAAGCGGAGUGUUCGAGUUUGUCGGAAAGCGUUGGGAAUUCUUCGGAUUAUGGGAAUACGAGUCAGAGGUUUUUGUUGAAAUUGGGGAGUGGGAUUAGAGCUAAUGGAUUGAAGAGCAAAGAACCAGAGCAGCACCUUGAAGGUAAUCAUGUUUUUGCUGUUCUAGUGGGUGGUAAAAGAUUGAUACUUAUAGAGCUUGUUUUGGGUAGUAGAGUAGGUAAAAAUGAUCGAGAUGGGGACGGUGUAAAUGGGUCUUUUGUAAUUCUGAAAGAAAUUCAAUGUAUUGAUGGGAUUAUGACUAUGGUGUGGCUCAAUGAUUCGAUUAUUGUUGGUACUGUUAAUGGUUAUAGCUUGAUUUCGUGUGUUACGGGACAAAGUGGUGUGAUAUUUUCGUUACCUGAUGUAUCUAGUCGGCCACGUUUAAAAUUGUUGUGCAAAGAGUGGAAUGUGCUGUUGUUGGUGGACAAUGUAGGUGUGGUAGUCAAUGCACAUGGCCAGCCGGUUGCUGGGAGCUUGGUAUUCAGUUCUGGUCCAGACUCUAUAGGGGAGAUAUCUUCGUAUGUGGUGGUUGUGAGUGAUGGAAAGAUGGAUUUGUAUCAUAAGAAAUCAGGUAGUUGUAUUCAAACAAUUACUUUUGGUGGUGAAGGGGUUGGAGGGCCUUGUUUUGUUGCGGAUGAGGAAAAUGGGAGUGGAAAACUAGUUGCUGUUGCUACACCCACAAAGGUUAUUUGCUAUAGGAAAUUACCUCCUGAAGAACAAAUUAAAGACCUAUUGAGAAAAAAAAACUUCAAGGAAGCCAUCUCCUUAGUUGAGGAGCUUGAGUGUGAAGGUGAAAUAACAAAGGAUAUGCUCUCCUUUGUUCAUGCUCAAGUGGGGUUUCUCUUACUUUUUGACUUGCAUUUUGAGGAAGCAGUAAACCAUUUUUUGCAGUCCGAAACCAUGCAGCCGUCUGAGGUGUUUCCAUUCAUAAUGCGAGAUCCAAAUCGAUGGUCUUUACUGGUUCCUAGAAAUCGAUAUUGGGGUUUGCAUCCUCCCCCUGCGCCUCUAGAAGAUGUUGUGGACGAAGGGCUAAUGGCUAUCCAAAGAGCUAUCUUUCUUCGAAAAGCAGGGGUAGAUACUCCAGUUGAUGAUGAUUUUCUUUCAAAUCCACCUAGUAGAGCUGAUCUAUUGGAGUCCGCUAUCAAGUCAAUUAUUAGGUAUCUGGAGGUUUGUCAUGAGAAAGAGUUGACUCCAUCAGUGAAGGAGGGGGUUGACACGCUAUUAAUGUACCUUUAUAGAGCUUUAAAUCGUGUUGAUGACAUGGAGAAGCUGGCAUCAUCUACAAACUCUUGUGUCGUAGAGGAGUUGGAGACUUUGUUAGAUGACUCUGGGCAUUUACGAACACUCGCCUUCUUAUAUGCAAGUAGAGGAAUGAGCGCAAAGGCCCUGGCAAUCUGGCGCAUUUUAGCUAGAAAUUAUUCGUCUGGACUCUGGAAAGAUCCUGCUUUUGAGAAUGGCUCAGAUGAUACAAAUACUAAUAUUAUCAGUGGUAAGGUGACUGCUGCUGCUGAGGCAUCAAAGAUCCUUGAGGAGUCAUCUGAUCCAGAACUUGUUAUACAGCAUCUUGGAUGGAUUGCAGAUGUCAACCAGGCCUAUGCAGUUCAAGUUUUAACAUCAGAUAAAAGAGCCAAUCAGCUUCCUCCAGAUGAAGUUAUUGCAGCUAUUAAUCCUACGAAGGUAGAAAUAUUUCAAAGGUAUCUUCAGUGGUUGAUUGAAGAUCAAGAUUCAAAUGACACUCGUUUCCAUACACUGUAUGCUCUUUCACUUGCCAAAUCAGCACUUGAAGCCUCUGAAGCAGAAACUAGCUCCCAAUCCCCUAAUCUUGGAAAGAUGGAGACAGAUGUUUCUGGAACAAAUUUGAUUUUUCAAAGUCCUGUUCGUGAAAGACUGCAGAUGUUUUUGCAGUCUUCAGACUUGUAUGAUCCAGAGGAAGUUCUUGACUUAAUCGAAGUAUCAGAAUUCUGGUGGGAAAAGGCUAUUCUUUACAGAAAACUUGGGCAGGAGGCGUUGGUUCUCCAAAUUUUGGCCUUGAAGCUGGAAGACAGUGAAGCUGCUGAAAAAUAUUGCGCUGAUAUUGGCAGACCAGAUGCCUAUAUGCAAUUACUUGAUAUGUAUUUGGAUCCACAAGAUGGUAAAGAGCCUAUGUUUAAGGCUGCUGUUCGCCUUCUCCAUAAUCAUGGGGAAUCUCUGGAUCCUUUGCAAGUAUUAGAGAGAUUGUCACCGGAUAUGCCCCUUCAACUUGCCUCUGAGACAUUAUUAAGAAUGUUGAGAGCUCGACUUCAUCAUCAUCGCCAAGGGCAGAUUGUGCAUAAUCUAUCGCUUGCUUUAGACACUGAUGCGAGGUUAGCAAGAUUGGAGGAAAGAUCAAGGCAUGUGCAGAUUAAUGAUGAAAGCCUCUGUGACUCUUGCCAUGCACGCCUUGGAACUAAACUUUUUGCAAUGUACCCAGAUGACACCGUUGUCUGUUACAAGUGUUUUCGCCGUCAGGGCCAGUCUACUUCAGUGACAGGGCGCAAUUUUAAGCGAGAUAUCGUAGUGAAACCAGGUUGGCUUGUGACCCGUUGAUCUAGUGAAAAACAUGGCAAUGAGAUUGGAAUGUUCAAGGCCAGGCUACCUGUCUGUGAGCUUGUCAGGACUUGAAGAUUAUUGACAGAAUUAAGUUAAAAUGACCAAAAGUCAUCCUGAAGAUUAUUGCUCGGGGAUGAAGAUUCUGCAAUGUUUUUGUCAGUCCAUGAUUUGCUGAUCAAGGGGGCUAAAUAUAGCAAUCCAUCAUGAUUACGCCGUGAGUAUCAAGCUAUUCAUCGAGGUUCAUGGCUUUCUCUAAUUUUGAUGUUCUAGUUCAGGGAAUGAAGGUUCUGGUGAACCUAAAUUCUGGCCGAGCUUCCAGUUUUGUAUAGAGCUUUUCAAAUAAUUGGCCCUUUAACAAUUAGGGGGAUUCAAGAGAGGGGCUUGUGGCCUUAGGUUAGAAAGAAAAAGCAGGGCCUUUUAAAUGUGUAAUAAAUUUAUAUUUGAUUAAUUUAUGUCAAAACAUUAAAUUUAUUUUU